ACCCCCAUGUGCCUCCUCUGUUUCCCUCCCUGUGUCUCUGCCUGCAUUGAGCUUCAUUCAUAGGUAGUGCAGGGCAGAGCUCCUCUCACUGUCAACCCUCAUGAGCUGAGCAAGAAAACAGAGCAUCCCUCGCUAACCCCAUCUUUCUCUUCUCUUCUCUCUCCGUCUCUGUCUCUGUCUCUCUCUCCAAGAUGGGGAGGACCACUCGCCUCCUUCGCCGCCGCCUGCUCUGCCCUCUCCUCCUCCUCCUCCUCUGUUUCUCCGCAACCUCCUCCUCCCCGUUGGCCGCCGCCGACGACGGGGACGCCGCCGCAAUGCUGGCCCUCAAGAAGUCCCUCGCCGCCCCGGAGUCCCUCGGCUGGUCCGACCCGGACCCCUGCCGGUGGCCCCGCGUGGUCUGCUCCGAGUCCAGCCGGGUCACCCGCAUCCAAAUCGGCCGCCAGGGCCUCCAAGGUACGCUCCCCGCGAACCUGAACUCCCUCACCCAGCUGGAGCGCCUGGAGCUCCAGUUCAACAACCUCUCCGGCUCGCUCCCGAGCCUGAGCGGCCUGAGCUCGCUCCAGGUCCUCAUGCUCAGCGGCAACCAGUUCGAUGCCAUCCCGACCGGCUUCUUCGAUGGGCUGUCGUCGCUGCAGUCCGUCGAGAUCGACAGCAACCCCUUCGCCGCCUGGGAGAUCCCCCAGAGCCUGCAGAACGCGUCCGCGCUGCAGAAUUUCUCCGCGAACUCUGCCAACGUGACCGGGAAGGUCCCCGACUUCUUCGGGGCCAACGACUUCCCCGGCCUGACUCUUCUUCACUUGGCAUUUAAUGAUCUCGAGGGCGGGUUGCCCCCGAGCUUUUCCGGGUCGCAGAUUCAGUCGCUCUGGCUCAAUGGGAUGGCCGGUAGUGGGAAGCUCGGUGGACGGAUUGAUGUUAUAGCCAACAUGACUUCCUUGAAGGAGGUCUGGUUGCAUUCCAACUCCUUCUCCGGCCUGUUGCCGGACUUCUCGGGGCUCCAGGACUUGCAGACCCUGAGCCUGCGGGACAAUCUGUUCACUGGCCCUGUUCCGUCGUCGUUGACGGGUCUCCAGUCCCUCCAGUCCGUCAACCUGACCAACAACUUCCUCCAAGGGCCGGUGCCCAAGUUCGGGAGCUCGGUCCAGGUGGAUAUGGCGGAGGACUUGAACAGCUUCUGUUUGCCGGGUCCAGGGGACUGUGAUCCCAGAGUGAAUACCUUGCUUUCGAUCGCGAAGUCGAUGGGUUAUCCACAGAGAUUGGCGGAGAACUGGAAGGGGAAUGACCCGUGCUCCGGUUGGAUCGGAAUCACUUGCAACAAUGGGAACAUCACCGUUGUGAACUUUGAGAAGAUGGGCUUCAACGGCACCAUUUCCCCGGAUUUCGCCUCGCUGACGUCGCUGCAGAGGCUCAUCCUCGCGAGCAAUAAUCUUACUGGUUCCAUUCCCGUGGAGCUUACCACCCUCCCCGCGCUCGCGCUUCUCGACGUGUCGAGUAAUCAGCUUUACGGUAAAGUCCCGACUUUUAAGAGUAACGUGAUCGUCCAAACUCACGGUAAUCCCGACAUUGGGAAAGAUAAGAGUAGUCUUUCAACGCCUGGAUCACCCCACGAUGCUGCAGGUCCAUCAGGUAGUGUAACAUCCCAAAAUGGUGGUCGAUCAGGCAAAAAGUCUGCUUUGAUCGGAGUCAUAGUGGUUUCUGCCAUCGGCGGCUUGUUUUUGAUUAUCUUGCUUGGUUUGUUGGGUUUCUGUCUAUAUAAGAAGAAACAAAAGCGGUUUACCAGAGUACAGAGCCCCAAUGCAAUGGUGAUUCAUCCACGCCAUUCUGGAUCCGACAAUGAAAGCGUGAAGAUAACGGUCGCAGGAUCAAGUGUUAGUGUCGGUGCGAUCAGCGAGACUCAUACUGUACCGGGCAGUGAAGCCGGUGACAUUCAAAUGGUCGAAGCAGGAAACAUGGUGAUUUCUAUCCAAGUCCUGAGGAAUGUCACCAACAAUUUCAGCAAGGAAAAUAUAUUAGGACAAGGUGGUUUUGGGACGGUGUAUAAGGGGGAACUUCAUGACGGGACAAAGAUCGCAGUGAAAAGAAUGGAGUGCGCGGUUAUAACCGGGAAGGGCCUUGCGGAAUUCAAGUCCGAGAUUGCUGUUUUGACUAAGGUUCGACACCGUCACCUCGUCGCCCUGCUCGGUUACUGCUUGGAUGGCAAUGAGAAGCUUCUCGUGUAUGAGUACAUGCCCCAAGGGACACUUAGUCAACAUCUUUUUAACUGGCCCGAAGAAGGACGUGCACCGUUGGAAUGGAUGAGAAGGUUGACCAUUGCCUUGGAUGUGGCAAGGGGUGUCGAGUAUCUCCAUGGUUUAGCGCAUCAGAGUUUCAUACACCGGGACUUAAAGCCAUCGAACAUUCUCCUUGGACAUGAUAUGAGAGCUAAGGUGGCGGAUUUCGGUCUUGUGCGUCUUGCACCGGAGGGAAAAGGCUCCAUCGAAACCAGAAUAGCCGGAACAUUCGGGUACUUGGCACCGGAAUAUGCAGUGACUGGCCGAGUGACGACGAAAGUAGACGUUUUCAGUUUCGGGGUGAUCUUGAUGGAGCUGAUCACUGGAAGAAAAGCGCUCGAUGAGAGUCAGCCUGAGGACAGCAUGCACUUGGUGACAUGGUUCAGGAGAAUGCACAUCAACAAGGACACGUUUAAAAAGGCAAUCGAUCCCACGAUUGAUCUCAACGAGGAGACGCUCGCCAGCAUCAGCACGGUAGCCGAAUUGGCCGGCCACUGUUGCGCUAGGGAACCCUACCAAAGGCCUGAUAUGGGCCACGCCGUCAACGUACUAUCUUCUCUAGUAGAUGUGUGGAAACCGACUGAUCAAAACCCCGACGACAUCUUCGGGAUCGACCUGGAGAUGUCGCUGCCACAGGCCCUAAAGAAGUGGCAGGCGUACGAAGGAACGAGUCACAUGGAUUCCUCGGCAUCGUCAUCCGACCUCCCGAGCUUGGAUAACACUCAGACAAGCAUACCCACACGACCAUACGGGUUAGCCGAGUCGUUCACGUCCGCGGACGGAAGAUGACAUGGAAGGUGUAAAUCAGAGGGGGGGGGUGUGUGUGUGUGUGUCCAUUCUGUUUGCUUCUUGUUUUUGGUGCUUUCUUGUCAUGUAAUCUAUCUCGACUCACGAUUCUUU